GUAAUAAUCUCCCACCAAAUAUCUCUUCGCUUGAUUGUAUAUCCAUUUUCUCCUCACUCUUUCCUCUCUCCUUUCCCAAAUCUCAACCCUCACCCCCCAAUCCUUCCCAAACAGACAAACAAGCAAAAGCAACAACAAAUGACACCACCCCUCCUCCCCUUCCCACCCAAUACCCUCCCCUUCGAAUCAACCCUCACGUCCAAGUCGGCCCACCGAAAAGGCUUCGACGGGAAUCUCAAAAACUGUGAGUUACUCGAGCUAUGGCAAUACAAUUGCGAUUUGCAAAAAGAUAGGAAUGGGAAGGUUGGGGAAAAUAUUGUUUGUAGACCUGUGGAACGGCUUUUUCGUCGAUGUAAAGAUCGAAAGGGAACUUUUAUGGUGGAGACGACUGUUUGGGAGGGUGAAGGAAGUGCAAAAUGAUCAUGGUCGGGAAUUUGGGGCUGGAUGCUUGUGGUUAGCGUGAACCAUUGCGUGGUGAGAAGGUGAUACUGCGAAAUGGGAUUUGUAGAUGUAGAGGGCAUUCAUUACAGAUGAUAAAAGUGAUUGA